AUGGGAAACAACAUCCCUAGACAACGACAACCUUCCUCUUCUGCAGAGAGGCGGGUAAGAAACAUACCACCCUCACAUUUUAUACUGAGGAUUGAAUCAUUCUCCAAACUUACCAAGAUGCUGUUCGAGGGGCAAACCCAAUUUUUCAACUCCAAAGUUUUCGAAGCUGGUGGCUACAAAUGGGUAUUCUCUAUGUAUCCCAAUGGUGUUCGUGAUAGUAAAGGCCACAUUUCUGUGUUUUUGCGUAUUCAAGACACAACUGCAUUGCCUUUGGGUUGGGAGAUAUACACAAAUUUGAAGUUUUUUUUAUAUGAUAAGAAACAUGACAGAUACACGAUUUUUCAAGAAUUUAGAAUAGACAAGUUUCAUUAUUUGAGACAAGAAUGUGGUAUCUCGAAAUUGAUCCCUCGCUACGAGUUUGAUGAUGCUGCGAAUGGGUAUCUUGUUGAUGACACAUGUGUUUUUGGUGUUGAAGUUUUUGUGCUACAUUUUAAAUCCGUCCAACAACAUUUGAGCCCUCCAGUCAAAGUUGGUGAAACCUAUACUUGGAAGGUAGCAGGUUUCAGUAAUAUAAGCAAAGUUUGUUGCUCCGAUGAAUUUACUGCAGCUUCCUUAAAAUGGAAAGUGGCACUCUGUCCUCUUGGAGGGAGUAAGAGUCCGAACGGGUUAAACCUUGGUUUGUAUUUGACGCUUGUUGAUCCAGAAGUUACCCCCAACGCAUUGCUUGUACAUUUUAUGUUAUCUAUAAGGAAUCAGGGGAAAUAUGGGAAGCAUCAAGUGAAGCAAUCUUGUUGUUGCUUUUUUACUUCUGGAUUUUGUUGGGGCUGGCGCUCGUUUAUGCCGCUGGCUGAUCUCCGAGAUUUAUCUAAUGGCUUCAUGGUUAAUGAUUGCAUUAUUAUUGAAGCACAUAUCAAGAAUGUGUCCAUCAUUCGGUAG